CUCUGGAGCAAAAAAUAUUUUAAAAAAUUUUAGAAGCUUGGUCUGCCACCUAAUACAUUAUUGGAAUCUCUUACUGAUGAGGUUUGCACAGAAAAUGAAGUUACAAGUCACACUGAGCCAAGAAACGUCCCGUGUUUUCUUCAGCUACAGACAAAAUGAAUGUUCCCUUGCUGCUACAACACCCUCACCAGCAUCUCCUAAAAGGCCUUUUGAGAACACCUUUGCGACGGUACCACUGCAUCUUUCGCUCAAGUGCUCAUCUCGGGUCAGAGAGCCCCCGCGCUCGGCCAUGGGACUCCCCUGGACUCCACUGGACAAAGUGGCCGCUGCUGUCAGACUGUUUAAGGAGACCGUUAUGCGUCCACACAAUCUUAAAGGAGCACACAGAAGGACUUUCUGAUAAAGAACAAAGAUUUGUGGAUAAACUUUACACGGGUUUAAUCCAAGGGCAAAGAGCCUGCCUAGCAGAGGCUAUAACUCUCAUAGAAUCAACUCACAAAAGGAAAAAAGAGUUGGCCCAGGUGCUUCUCCAGAAAGUGUUGGGCUACCACAGGGAGCAAGAACGGUUAAAUAAAGGGCAACCACGAGCGUUUCGAGUGGGAUUGUCCGGCCCCCCAGGUGCUGGAAAAUCAACCUUCAUAGAAUAUUUUGGGAAAAUGCUUACUGAGCGAGGGCACAAGCUGUCCGUGCUGGCCGUGGACCCCUCCUCUUGUGCUAGUGGGGGAUCACUCUUGGGUGAUAAAACCCGAAUGACUGAGUUAUCAAGAGAUAUGAAUGCGUACAUCAGGCCGUCUCCUACUAGAGGUACUCUAGGAGGGGUGACAAGGACCACCAAUGAAGCUAUUCUGCUGUGCGAAGGCGGAGGCUACGACAUCAUUCUCAUCGAGACUGUAGGUGUGGGCCAGUCGGAGUUCGCUGUUGCUGACAUGGUUGACAUGUUCGUGUUGCUGCUGCCACCAGCAGGAGGGGACGAGUUGCAGGGUAUCAAAAGAGGCAUAAUUGAGAUGGCAGAUCUGGUGGCCAUCACCAAAUCCGACGGAGACCUGAUAGUGCCGGCCCGCAGAAUACAGGCAGAGUACGUGAGUGCGCUGAAGCUGCUCCGCCGGCGCUCCAGAGUCUGGAAACCCAAGGUGGUUCGUAUUUCUGCCAGAAGUGGAGAGGGGAUUGCUGAAAUGUGGGACAAGAUGAGAGAAUUCCGGGACCUGAUGCUUGGCAGCGGGGAGCUGACCGCCCGGCGACAGCAGCAGCAGAAGGUCUGGAUGUGGAACCUCAUCCAGGAGAGCGUGUUGGAGCACUUCAGGGCCCACCCCGCGGUCCGGGAGCAGAUUCCUCUGCUGGAGAGGAAGGUCCUCAGUGGGGCUCUGCCCCCGGGCCUGGCAGCGGACUUGCUGCUGAAAGCUUUUCAAACACGGACUAAUGAGAUGUAUCCCACACAAUAAUUUUCCAUAUCGUUUCAUAAAGUGUUUUCACAUUGAAAGUCACUUGUGUGCUUAUAUUUUCAGUAAUGCUUUCCUGGUGCCCUCAGCCUCUGUAUUUGGGAACUGUGCCUGCAAACUGGAAGAGUAUUAGCUGGGGAAGGCAGAGGUCAGGCGGCUGGGCAGUACUUGCAGGGUACCUGUGGCCUGUUACUGAGUCCCAUGUUUUCCUGUUUCCCUCUGCCCUCUGCCCUCUGCCCUCUGCCCUGGCGCAGUGGCCUGUAGGAGCGUUCUCAGCAGUCAGGAGCCAAGUAAGCCGAGGACGGUGAAAGUUUGUGCACCUUAAAACACCUUCCUCGAUUCUGUGUUCUCAGGAAAUUUGAGGGCGCAUGGAAGCAAGAAUCACUGCAUUUUGGAAGUCUUGCCGGAGGCCAGAAGGAUACAUGGUGGGCUUCUCAGAGCUAAAACCCAUGGUUGACUGUCCCAGGAAUUUCUGAAACAGCCAUCCAUGUACAUGAGUUACAGGACAGUUGGGAGGUGUGGUGACGUGAGCACCGCUUCAAAGUUUGCUUAUCUGUCAAGUCAGGGUAAGGAAAGCUGCUGUAUAGGGAUGUUGGAAUGAUUAGAUGAGAAAUUACAACAUGUUGUUAGAAAUAUUACACACAGACAUGGGAUAUAAAUAAAUACAUGUUAUCGAUAUGUUA